AGCCCUGGCGCAACUCAUCCAGCAGUUCCGCAAUACCGUUUCCCUCUCCAAGUACAACUAUCCCAUCAAUACGGAGAUCGACGAGAUGCUGAAUGAGAAGUACGUCAUGGCCGACGAAGAAGCCUACCAGUUGUCGCUCAAAUGCGAACCCCCGGCUACCAAGAGUUCCGUUAAUAACGGCCAUAGGUAUGGCUAUAUACGAAUCGAUGGGUGUUGUGCAUCGUCAUACAGACUUAUCACUCAGGUGCUUUCCGCUACCAAGUGGUAG